AUGCAGGCGGCCGAGAGGUUUGUGUCAUCUCUCCUCGCCGCACGAGAGGAAGAGGAGGAGCGGCGGGAAGUGCGCAGGCGGCGGCGCAUUGAUUUCAUCAUUGCGGGAAACAAGGAGCGCACGCGCCGUUGCAAGGAUAACCUGAGCGUUUUUCUGCAACGGGACGUUCAUAGCAUGUCGUUGGUCGAGUGCAAUUUCUUGGACUCCCUUGGGGAUGUAGAGAACUGGUGGGAUCUGAUCAGCAAGCACAUUCUGGAAGAGAAACGAGAGCGCGAAGAGGCUGUGAAGCUACAGAACCACCUAAAAUCAAUGUAUCUUGAAACGACAAAGAGGCGAGAGGAGACGGAGCAGUCAUCCGUAGUUGUAAACGAUGAGCGUCGGUUGCAAGAGUUGGAAGAGUGGUGUUUGGCGGAAGAACGCCGAACGAGGGAAGAGGUGAUUGGAGAAGUCAUGCACCGCAUUCUCGCAGCUGUGGACGAAUGCAUAGGGUUCACUGAAAAACACGCUCUUGAAAGCGACAGUUGGAAUACGUCAUUGGGCAGAAUUGCGCUGAACGCUUUUAUUCGUAAAAUCAACAUGAAAACUUGGACGGAGGAAGGACGAGCUCACAUUGCCUUCAAGGAAAUUUUUAACUGUCAUCCAUUUCAAAUGACAUGUGAUGCGUUUGUCUAUCUCCUCCAUGCCAUUUACAAUAGUCUGGAGCCGGGUCUCCCUCAUGUCAACCGUUUUGAUCUCUCUCGCAGGCCUUUGUUUCUGAUGUAUGGACCAAAGUUCAGCGGUAAGACGGUUGUGUCUCGUAAUGUCGCCGCUGAACUUUCGCUGUUGUCCCUCUCUGAUCGUGACUUGAUACAAAAAGCCCUGGAAGCAUACCGAAAUGAACGAAAUGGUUUACCAACGCUCCUGACGGUGGAGGACAGCAAUGCCUUACCGGUGUUGUCAGCCUAUGAAGAGCGUAACAAGCAGAACGAUGAAAUUGCAUACUACAGCGAGGCACAUAUUGAGCAGGUUGUCGUUUCUUUUGUGCGGCUCAGUUCAUGGGCUGAGGUGGGAAAAACUGUUGAGGAGGCUCUUUUCCGCGGUGAAUCGGUGGAUCCAUUUCUCAUCGUGCAGCUGAUGCAGCUACAGAUGGCCGACACAGAGUUGAAUUGUGAUGGCAUUUUGUUUGAUUCGACGGUUAGGGGAUUAGAGCAGCUUCGUCUCCUUCAGAGUCCCAUUUCAAAGCGUUUCCACCCGUUUGAAGGGGCCCUGCGAGGGUUCCCGGCCUGUAUGGAGGAAGUGUCCUUGUCGUCAAAGCUGCUGCUAGUGCAGCGGGAGGGACGGCCCGAAGCGAGCAAUACGAAGAGCGAAAAUCGAUCACGACCGCCAAAGAAAGGAGUUGACCUUAGUGCAUUACCGCCGCCGGUGCUGCCAGAAGUGAUACGGCUCGAGUUGUCUGAAGAAGAAAAGGAGGCAAUAAAACUCUGGGAGCAACAAGGACAGAAGCACUCUCUCUUCCCAGCGGUGGUGCGCAUUAACUGUGGGACACACGAAAUUUUUUGCCGUUUUGCUGGACUGCGUGUCGAUAAAGAGACAAAUGAAAUUUACCACAUGUUGUUUGACCCACCGCCGCCAGACCGUUUGCCGUAUGUGGUGAACUUUGAUCGUGUGAAGUCUUCCACAGCACAGUUGCACCGUGUUUUGCUUAACGAGCGCCGGAACUGGGAAAAGAUGCGGCGCUGGAUGAUGAGUGAAGGGGAUGGCAGUGAGGUAUUGCACGAAGUCGAUGGAGAAAGACCGUUGGAAAAUAUCGUAUUUGAUGUUCGGCAUAUUCUUCAAGAGGCAAAAAACAAUUACGAGGCGGCUCUUCGGCUUUACGACGCUGCAACGGCUGCAAAAAGGAGGGAAGCAUACAUUGAGGCAAACAUUGCUGAGCAAGAGGAAGCGCGGGAGGCUGAACGAAAACGUCUCGUAGCGCUGUAUACAGAGUUUGGAGCGUCGAUCCCCCCGGAAUUAGAGCCCCGGCCACACUGGACGCCGUUUUACAAAAUGCCGGAUAAUCUGCCAGAAGCCUUCAUGCGGGUGUUUUUGGCCUUUAGGAAGCACUACGAGAGUGCAUACGACUGGUUGGGAACAGCUGUGGAAAAACUUGCCACUGUGAUGUUGGGUCACCGCUGCGAGGCGAUGGGUGCCUUUCAUCGCUUCUGGAAUCAACCAGAUGAAAAGCAGGAAAAAUUGAGUCGGUUCGUGGAAAAUUACAACAGAGUGCUGGUCGAGCUUCCGGGACAGACAUCAUGUAAAGAGGAGCUACACUUGUUGGUGGAUCAGCUCAGGGAAGAGCUGUUUCGCACGCUGGACACGAAAUGGAGGGAGACCAGCGCAAAGACUGAACAACUGACAAAAAAGGAAUUAUUUCUGGACCCAUGGUGUGUCUCCGUGUGUAAUGUUGGCAUUGCGGCAGUGCAAGCGGAACUGGAACGAUUUCUGCUAACAAUAAACUUGGUGGCGAUUUACUUUGGUGCCGUCGUGAAUGAACCAUGUAUGUUUGAGGAAUUGGACUUGGAGGUCAUUGUUUUACGCACCACCGCGGAGAGUGUAAUGGAGCAGACGAAAGGGAGGGAGAAAAAGACGCAGAGCACCAAGAAGACACCGCGACUGGAGGAAAUUUCCGAAAAGACCUUUGAGGACACGUUUGUGGAAGCCAUUGGAAAAAUUGUUACUGCCAUGGAGAACUUUGUGGAGAAAAUUUCCUCCGUCAUUGAUGCGCCGGUGAGGACGCGUGAGAACACAAAGACGUCUGUCGUGGCGGUAGAUAAUGUGAGGGUGUUAAGUGUUCUUAACAGGUGUUUUCCCUUCGCCAAGAGCGAACUCGCCAAGGCGCAGGAACGUAUUUCAUGUAUAAAGCAGUUUUUCCUUCAAAUUCAACGCGAAGGGGAGGCGUACUGUGCACGCAUGAAGGAGGACAUGAUCUCCUAUGCAAGGGAAAAAAAUUUCAGCCAGGCUUCAGCGGUCAACACAGCAAUUUACAUCAUUCGCAAUGCCAUUGAAGAAGAGAAGCCGCUCUCUCCCAUGCACUUGGGUCGCGACACGUUUCAUACUGCCACUGCAGAAAAGGAAAUGCCACGCGCCCAACAGCUUCUUUCACCACAACAUCUACAGAUGAUGGAACCGUCAGACGAGCCAAAGAUCCAUGCAACUCUUUCCUCUUCGCGAUUGGUGGAAAUUAUUCUGGCAUUCCGUUCGGUGGCGCCCGGUUACACACUGGGCCAUGCGGAGUUUUUCAACAUUGUGCGGCCGGACGAUUACGCCGGAGCCACUGCCAGUAAUCUUGGCCGUCUUAAAACGCAGGAAGAGGUGUUUACUUCGUUUGAUUCCCUUGGCUGUGGAUUUAUCGACUGGCGAGAAUUUGUGGUUCACCUGCUCCUGUGGUGUGCGCCGGCGCCGGAGGUGGGGUCCGACGAAGAUGCGGAGAACAAUUUUUAUUUCCCUGAGUUUUCCGUCGAAAACCUGCUGGAGACCCGGACAGAGCUUGGUCUCGAGGCGGUCACCGAGGAUGUCUUUUACGACGUUCCUUUCUUCUUUGAUGAUUGUUUGAAUGACGACCGGCUGGAGGCGUACGUACGCGCGUUGUGGAUGACAUUCUCAACAGAGGAAGGCCUCCUUGAGCCGCUGGCAUUGUUGGCGUUUUUUUGCAGUGACCGACAACCCAUUCGCGGUGCGCAAAAGGCGUUCUACGUUUUCUCCCGCGAACAGGAUGGCAAGCUGACACCGGAGGAGUUGGAUUUUGCCUUUCACGUCCAGGCGACGAAUCCCCGUGAUAUGCGUUUUUUGGAUGCAUUCUCGCCCGAAAACAUUGCAAUGCUGUAUGAUGGUGAGUCAUUGCUGGCCUUUCAGUCCGUUUGCGAGCGGGUAAUUGGGCGCACCAUGCUCAAUAACACCAAGGCGUAUCAACGCAAGCUUUUUAUUACCGACGAUAUCUAUGUAGAGUGA